AUGGCCACCAUAUCGUCAUCCAACGGUCUGUUUUUGAGGGUCGCCUUCCUGUUUGCAUUGGCCUAUUUUUGCUUUAUAGAUGUUAGCAAGAUUUUGGAGAGUUCCUACUUCUUGUUCUUCACCCACGCAAUGAAUCUGCCCGGUCUUCUGUUGUCAAAAACUAGUGCUCAGGUCGGAAUCUUUGGUCUAUUAUUUCUACUUUUGGCACUUCAUGAUUUGGUACCAUUAGUAGAAAACAACAAAGCAUAUUUCAAUUCCGUGGUUCCUAUAAGAUUGAUGGUCUUUUUUGUUUUAACCGCAAUGUCAUAUUUAUGGGAAUCCAAUCUUUAUGUUCACAAUAACGUUGUCUUUACUUAUUCUUUUGUGGAAGUUUGGAUCAAUUUUGUUGUUUUAGGUGCUCUGAGAGAAGAAAAGAACAAUGAUAUGGCAAGGUUCCACCCUAUAGAGGCUGAGGAAGAACUAGAAGACACAGAUCCUAUUUUAACAGACACUAAUGAAAUUGAACAAUUGCUUGAAGUUACUUCUGCCGAAGAAAGUCAAUGA